CAUUCAUUUAAUUAAUUAUAUUAUCAUUCCAUAGUUUAUCUAAUGUUUCCGUAUCUAUCUAUUAAGUUUAUGUCACAAACAUGUAUGCAGAAAACAUUAGUGGAUAAUGGAUUCGAAUAGAACUAGUGCAUAAAGGCCCUAAAAUUGUUGAUUCUUAAUGAAAUCACAUUACAGGAAUAAAUUUUAAUAUUGAAACCACCUUUACAUUCUUAACAUAUUUUUAAAUUAUUACAUACAAACGUACAAAAAACAGUAUUCUACAGAUAUAACAAUUAUUUUAAACAGUUUUCAAUGUAACUUUUUACAUGAUUGUAUUGAUCAAGAUAUGAAAAAAUGGAUUGUGGAAGCAAACAAACCACAGUGUUUUGACGUGUCAUGAAUUGGGAUGAUGCCUAUGUCAAAAAUAAAUUAUAUUUUAGGAAUUAUUAAAUAUCCUUCCAAAAUUCGUAAAAUCUUAUGCAAAACUCGGGUCAAUGCCCCGCCUACGACGCGGCAUUGACUUCAAGUGGCCUACUUACGCAACGUUCGUUGCCCUCUAGCCUCAGCCAGAUGGUUUACUUGCAAUAUAUUGUGAACUUUUAAAAAAUACUGGGUUUUUCGCGUUUUAUUUGAGGUACCUUAUUAGUAAUCAUCAGUACUAUGUCCCUGCCUUCGUUUUUGCCAGCGUUCUGAUUACAUCCUGUAGGUAUUAAGUUCUGCAGUAAAGGACUGAUCGACUUUUGAUCAUGUCAUUUUGAAAUACAUAAUGUACAAUAUCAGAAUUGAUACAAACAUCUUGCAACAAUAUAAACACUAACAUUUAAUCGUACAUUGAAAACAAAACCGACCCUAUAGCAAAAUUUUAAUUUAUUUAUUCGGAUAUGACCAUUUAAAGAUUUGCGUUUAGCACUAUGAGCUUAAAACGAGUAUAAAAGGACUAGAGUGUCAUCUAGCGAAAAGUAUAGAAGUUCUCGAAACAAGAAUAUUUACAAACGACUGUUUUAUCUAGCAGAAUUACAACUUAUACACGGUAUACUUUUUGCAAUUCACGAAGUCGAGUGAGCUUUACUCGUGGUUGAACGUGUAUAUGUACAUUGCUGUAGUGUGCGUGUCUGACGGAGCGGUCAGUUGCGACCGAGCCGUCGCCACGGUCACUUGUGCUUGUUGUUUCCACGACGCUUAUUACCACGAAGUACUGUCAGCAUGUCAAAACGCAAAGUUGUUCAUAGCGAGGGACGAGCAAUUAUCGCUAAAGUCUUUCACUUUCUUCAAGAAGAAUAUAAUUUUAUGAAAGUGAAUAACAGUGACAAAUGUGAUUUAAGUCCUUUGGCUAAUGUACUUAAACGUACUGCGGAAGCAACUGGCGUCUCUGAGCGCACUGUAACUAGAAUAUUGAAAGAAGAAAAGGAGUUGCCGUCACCUUCCUCCAAGUUCACUUCACCCAUGAAAAAACGACGUAAGAGAGACAGCAAAUUCAUGUUGGACAAUAUGCAUAGAGAAGUAAUUCGAACUACUAUACAAAAUUUUCACAUUUCACACAAACAAGUACCAACUUUAGCAAAACUUCAGUCAGUUUUGAGAGAAAAAAUUGGUUUUGACGGAUGUUUGAGCACUUUACGCUCUUUGCUCAUAGAAAUGGGCUACAAAUGGAAAAAAAUUGAUAACAACCGCAAAUCAUUACAAGAAAGGCACGAAAUACAAUUAUGGCGUUUUAAUUUUUUGAAAAAAAUUAAUCAAUAUCGUUCAGAAGACCGUCAUAUCGUAUAUACCGAUGAAACGUAUGUGCUUACUUCUCAUGUACGACAAAACACCUGGUGUCUAAAAAGCAAAGAUCCAACAAAAAAAGACACGUCUUUUUCAAAGAAGUUGAGUACGGGCAGCCGUUUCAUUAUAGUACAUGCAGGCAACAGUAGUGGUUUUAUUAAAGAUGCUUCUUUAGUAUACAAAGCGGCAUCCACAACUGGAGAUUAUCACUCCAACAUGAAUUUUGACAAUUAUGUCAAGUGGCUUAAUGAAAAGCUUCUGCCAAAUAUUCCAGAAAAGUCAGUUAUUGUGAUGGAUAACGCAUCUUAUCACAACACCCGAAGCAGUAAAAUACCUACAUCAAAUUCUUGUAAGAGUGACAUGAAAAAGUGGCUGAUGGAAAACAAUAUUCCGUUUGAUGAACGGUCGCGCAAUAUAGAACUGUAUGAUUUAAUUUUAAAAAAAUAAAGAGCGUUUUGUAACGUAUAAAAUUGACGAGAUAAUAAAAAGCAAGGGUUGCGAAAUAUUGCGAUUGCCUCCCUAUCAUCCCGAGUUAAACGCGAUAGAAAAUAUCUGGGGUAUUUUAAAAAAUCGCAUUGCCUCUAAAAACAUAGCACAAAACAUGACUGAAGUACAAAAUUUAAUUUUUGAGGGCUUGAACAGCAUUGACAGCAACACUUGGCUCAAUACCUGCAAUCAUGUAGAAAAAAUUGAAAAAGAAUACAUGAAGUACUUUGAUUCUGACUUUGAAUUUGUUAUUAAUGUAGGUGAAUCAAGUGACAGCGGUACUGAUGAGUUUGAAAGUAAUAGUGAUAGUUUAAACGAAGAUGAUUGAUUAUCGAAUUAAAUUAACCUAGACAGUAAUUUUGUGAUUUUAUUAUUUUUAUUAUUUGCAACAAAAAAUAUUGUACAAUAAAUUAUAGGAUUUUUUU